AUGAAAUGUAUUCCGGCUUUCUCGAAAAGAAGUGUUUUUAUAUAUUUUACAUUCCUGUUUUUAUUAUAUUUAAUUUAUCUAUUAAAUACUUGCUUAGUUGACGAAAAAAAGUUCAAUUUAAAAACAUUUUUUAACGCACAUCACAUAUCAAGUUACAAAAGUGCGACGAUGCGAUUUGUUUCCCUUCUCGGGUACAAAACAGAUGAUAGCCUUGGAAGUAAAUACAGGAGACUGAAAAAUAAAAAUUUGGUGCCCACUAAAAGACUGCCAGAUGCCUUGAUUAUCGGAGUAAAGAAGUGUGGAACACGCGCUCUGCUUGAAUUUUUAAGGUUGCAUCCUGACGUGCGUGCAGCCGGAUCGGAAGUCCACUUUUUUGAUAAGUUCUAUCACAAGGGUUUCGAAUGGUAUCGAGAGAAGAUGCCAGCAACUAUAGAAGGUCAGAUAACGAUGGAGAAGACGCCAUCUUACUGGGUGACGCGGUCGGCGCCUCGCAGGGUGUAUUCCAUGAACCCCGCAAUGAGACUUCUUGCGGUUGUACGAGACCCAGUAACCAGAGCUAUAAGCGAUUAUACACAAUCUGCUAGUAAAAGGCCCAGUUUGCCGCGGUUCGAGGAUUUAGCGCUAGUGAACAGUACCGUGGGCUGGGGCGGGGCGUGGUCCGUGGUAGACGCGACGUGGCCGCCGGUGCGGCUGGGCGUGUACGCGCGCCCGCUGCGCCGCUGGCUCCGGCGCUUCCCUCGCUCCAGACUGCUGCUUAUCAGUGGGGAGAGACUGGUCGCGGAUCCCGCAGCUGAAAUGGCUAGAGUACAAGAUUUCCUUGGUUUGAAGAGAUUAAUAACCGAUAAACACUUCUACUUUAACUCAACGAAAGGGUUUCCUUGCCUCCUAAAGUCGGAAGGAAAGUCGACGCCGCAUUGCCUCGGUAAGACGAAAGGUCGCAACCAUCCGUACAUAGAUCCUGUGGUAAUCGAGAGAUUGAGGGAAUAUUAUAGACCUUUUAAUGAGAGAUUUUAUGAGUUAUCUGGUAUUAAUUUUGGAUGGCCUUGAGAUUUAUUACUUUCUAUUAAAAAAAAAACAAUGAGUGUAAUAAUCUGGCAUAAAAAAUAUAGUAAAUGUAUACUGCUUCAAAUAGUACAUUCAUGUUUUGUUUUUUCACGCUUAACAAUGGUCAAAUUAUACUAUUUAUGGGGGUUCCUAUUCCGCCGUACGAUAAAAUAGAUAACUAAUUUUAGUUCUUAAAAUGAAAUAGUACAAAA